AUGGAUUAUCAGUUUAUAUCAGAAGCAUCGAACAAUCGGCCAACAGUACUGGAAGAUUAUGAAUUCAAUGAACAUGUACGAAUUGGACGUGGCUCCUACGGUCAAGUAUACAAAGCACGUCAAAAAUCAUCGUCGAAUAACUCCAUGACAUUUUAUGCACUAAAAGAAGUUAAGCUAACGUCUUAUUCUCCAUCGGCAUGCCGUGAAAUCGCUCUUUAUCGCGAGCUCAAACAGCGCAAUAUAAUGGAUUUAUUGAAGGUGUAUUUUUCAUAUUCAGCACAAAAGAAACCGGGAAAUAUUUUGGUGAUGGGCGAUGGAAAGGAGCGUGGUAUUUGCAAGAUUGCUGAUUUUGUGAUGGCGCGAACUUUCCAUUCACCGCUGAAACCUCUGGAGGAGGUUGAUGAAGUGGUCGUCACAUCUUGGUAUCGAGCACCAGAACUGCUGUUUGGCACUCGUCACUACACAAAAGCGAUUGACAUCUUUUCGAUUGGGUGCAUUUUUGCGGAACUAUUAACAAAUCUGCCAAUAUUCGCAUCGAACCCCGAAACUGUAUCACAACCAAUUCGUUUGCCUUAUCAACGAAAUCAACUAGAUAAAGUAUUCAGCGUUUUGGGUUACCCAUCAUUAUCAAGUUGGUCUGAUCUGAAGCACAUACCCAAAUAUACAAAAAUGCAGAAGGAACUCAUGCGAUCGAAAUAACAUCAUUGCACAUUGGCAAAAUACAUGGAAGAUUUCAAUAUUGGACGAGAUGAAGCAUCAUUCAAUUUACUUUCCAGGAUGCUCACAAUGGAUCCAAAGAAACGAAUCAGUUCGGAUGAAGCAAUGUGCCACAAUUAUGGACUGAUUUACUUUACGGACCCGCCAAAUCCAUCGUUCGAUGUAUUUAGUUAUUUUGAAGGAAG